CGCAUGUCGUCCGACUUCAACUCGCCAGAUUAGGGUCAGAGGACGGGCGAGUUUGGCGGCGGCUAGCUAGCUGGCUGGCAACUAGCACAAGUCGCCUUUCUCUAGCCGUGUCGUUUCCCCAACGGGUGGCUUCGUCUUAGCUCGGGAAAAGCAGCUGACUUGGUCGUCGAGGCUCCUCUGCGAUCCACCGCUGCCAUGUCGGCGAAGGCCAUCUCGGAACAGACCGCCAAGAAGCUCUUAUUCAACUCCAUCUGCCUCUCGGCGGCUGUGCAGAACCGCUUCCGCUGUGCCGGCGUUACCGCAGAGACCGACUGGGCUCGCCUGAUACAGGACCACGGUUGGCUGCUCACAGAGAGACUGGUGGUGAAGCCGGACCAGCUGAUCAAGCGGCGCGGGAAGCUGGGACUGGUGGGCAUCAAUUUGGACCUGUCAGGCGUUCGCGAGUGGCUCCAAAGUCACCUGAUGAGAGAAACCACCGUGGGCAAGGCAAAGGGCGUGCUGAAGAAAUUCCUCAUCGAGCCUUUUGUUCCGCACAAAGAGGAGGAGGAGUUUUAUGUGUGCGUGUACGCCACGCGCGAGGGCGACCACGUGCUCUUCCACCACCAGGGCGGCGUGGAGGUGGGCGACGUGGACGCCGAAGCGCAGCGACUCACCGUGGCCGUCGACGAGGAGCUCAGGCGCGAUCAAGUGACCAAGCACCUGCUCACACACGUUCCUGGCGAGAAGAAAGAAAUCCUGGCCAGCUUUAUCCUGGGGCUCUUCAAACUCUAUGUGGAUCUGUAUUUCACCUACCUGGAGAUCAACCCUUUAGUCGUCACCCAAGAUGGCGUCUACGUCCUGGACAUGGCGGCCAAGAUCGACGCCACGGCCGAUUACAUCUGCAAGGCCCAGUGGGGAGAUAUUGACUUCCCGCCGCCUUUCGGCAGGGAAGCUUAUCCGGAGGAGGCCUACAUAGCUGAUCUGGAUGCCAAGAGCGGUGCCAGUCUGAAGCUGACGUUACUGAACCCUCGUGGCAGGAUCUGGACGAUGGUGGCAGGGGGCGGAGCGUCUGUCGUUUAUAGCGACACCAUCUGCGACCUGGGCGGCGUGGACGAGCUGGCAAACUACGGCGAGUACUCCGGCGCGCCCAGCGAGCAGCAGACGUACGACUACGCCAAAACCAUCCUCUCGCUUAUGACUCGUGAGAAGCACCCUCAAGGAAAGGUGCUGAUCAUCGGAGGAAGUAUCGCCAACUUCACCAAUGUCGCGGCCACUUUCAAGGGCAUCGUCAGGGCCAUCAAGGACUACCAGGGUCCUCUCAAGGAAAACGAGGUGACCAUCUUCGUUCGACGGGGUGGGCCCAACUAUCAGGAGGGGCUCAGGGUCAUGGGGGAAGUGGGGAAGACCACGGGUAUUCCUAUCCACGUGUUUGGCACAGAGACGCACAUGACAGCCAUCGUGGGCAUGGCACUAGGACACAAACCCAUCCCCAACCAGCCACCGAUGGACGCUCAUACCGCUAACUUCCUGCUAAAUUCAAGCAACAACACCAAGACGCCAGCCGGCACAAGGACAGCCUCCUUCUCGGAAGACAGGCCGUGCGAUGACGUCACACCGAGCAAAAAAUCCAAAGCGGAUCCCUCGGCAGACCCUCUUCAUUCAUUACUGUGGCCUCUGAAGAAUGUGGUCACAGGUGAUUGGAAAGAAGUGCAGGCCUCAUCGGGCUGCGGCGGAGCCAAAGCGACCACACUCUUCAGCAAGCACACCAAGGCCGUGGUGUGGGGCAUGCAGACGCGAGCCGUGCAAGGGAUGCUGGACUUUGACUACGUGUGCUCCCGCGACGAACCCUCGGUGACCGCCAUGGUUUACCCCUUUACUGGCGAUCACAAGCAGAAGUUCUACUGGGGACACAAGGAGAUCCUGGUGCCGGUCUACAAGAGCGUGGCCGACGCCGUGAAGAAGCACCCCGAAGUGGACGUGCUGAUCAGCUUCGCGUCGCUGCGCUCGGCCUUCGACAGCACGGUGGAGGCCAUGCAGCACCCGCAGAUUCACACCAUCGCCAUCAUCGCAGAGGGCAUCCCCGAAGCGCUGACCAGGAAGCUGAUCAAGAUGGCCGAUGAGAAAGGCGUCACCAUCAUCGGGCCGGCGACGGUUGGCGGUAUUAAGCCGGGCUGUUUCAAGAUCGGCAACACCGGCGGCAUGCUGGACAACAUCCUGGCCUCCAAGCUCUAUCGGCCCGGCAGCGUGGCGUACGUGUCGCGUUCCGGGGGCAUGUCCAACGAGCUCAACAACAUCAUCUCGCGCACAACGGACGGCGUCUACGAAGGCGUGGCCAUCGGAGGAGACAGAUACCCCGGCUCCACGUUUAUGGACCACGUUCUUCGCUACCAGGACACUCCAGGCAUUAAAAUGAUUGUGGUGCUGGGAGAGGUUGGUGGCACGGAGGAGUACAAGAUCUGUCAAGGCAUCAAGGAGGGCAGGAUCACCAAACCGCUCGUGUGCUGGUGUAUCGGAACCUGCGCCACCCUGUUUGCGUCUGAGGUCCAGUUUGGCCAUGCCGGGGCAUGCGCCAACCAGGCGUCCGAAACAGCGGUGGCCAAAAACCAGGCCCUGAGGGACGCCGGAGCAUAUGUACCCAAAAGCUUUGACGAGCUGGGUGAUGUCAUCAGGACCGUUUAUGAUGAACUGGUGGCCAGUGGCACAAUUGUUCCUGCCCAAGAGGUUCCGCCGCCGACAGUACCAAUGGAUUACUCGUGGGCCAGGGAAUUGGGCCUGAUCCGUAAACCCGCCUCCUUCAUGACCAGCAUCUGUGACGAGCGAGGCCAGGAGCUCAUCUACGCCGGCAUGCCCAUCACAGAGGUCUUCAAAGAGGAGAUGGGCUUAGGGGGGGUGCUGGGACUUCUUUGGUUCCAGCGCAGGUUGCCUCGCUACGCCUGCCACUUCAUCGAAAUGUGCCUGAUGGUGACGGCCGACCACGGGCCCGCCGUCUCCGGCGCUCACAACACCAUCGUGUGCGCGCGAGCCGGCAAAGACUUGAUCUCCAGCCUCACGUCGGGCCUGCUCACCAUUGGGGACCGUUUUGGAGGCGCCCUCGACGCCGCCGCCAAGCAGUUCAGCAAAGCCUUUGACAGCGGCAUGCUGCCAAUGGAGUUUGUCAACAAGAUGAAGAAAGACGGCAAGCUCAUCAUGGGCAUUGGACACCGUGUCAAAUCAAUCAACAACCCGGACAUGCGGGUGAAGAUUCUGAAGGACUUUGUGAAGCAGCAUUUCCCUUCCACUCAGCUGCUGGACUACGCCUUAGAUGUGGAGAAGAUCACUACCUCGAAGAAACCCAACCUCAUCCUUAACGUCGACGGUUUUAUCGGCGUGGCCUUCGUGGACCUGCUCAGGACGUGCGGCGGCUUCACGCGCGACGAGGCUGAUGAAUUUGUGGAGAUCGGCGCGCUCAAUGGCAUCUUUGUCCUCGGCCGGAGUAUGGGCUUCAUUGGCCACUACCUGGACCAGAAGAGGCUCAAGCAGGGCUUGUACCGACACCCCUGGGACGACAUCUCCUACGUGCUCCCCGAACACAUGUCCAUGUGACGCACGUGCGCGUUUCACUCACCCCGUGUUUACUCUCUCGCUCACUCUCUGCCUUGGGAAAAGUUGGCAGAUGAAGAAGUACGGUACAUCCCGAUUGGCAGUUCAGAGUCGAAGCAUUCAGUCUCUUGUUUAAUGGAUGAAAAGGGGGAGUAUACACUUAGACUUAGUUUUUGACAGCAGUUGUGGCCAGAGCACAAAGAAACGGGAUUCGGAUUGCUUCUGUAUUUGGACCGCAUGGUACCAGGUGAAGUUCAGUCUCUUGUUUAGUUUCUAUUUAUCAUGACACCUUAUUUAUUCAAAUGGUGGUGCAGGCCUUCAUUCGGACACUCCAUCUAGCCUUUUCUACCUUCCUUUCAGGUUUACUUCAGUGAUUCUCAAAGUGUUUGUCGGGGCUCACUCUGGUGGUCCUUGAAAGAAUCACGGGCCAGGUACAGUUCAGUAGUUUCAGAUUUUGGUACGAUUUUCCUAGAUUUAGGCGCAGCGUUAACAUUCACGCUAACUUGCAAGAAUAUUCUUCUUUUGAACACUGACUGUUCGACUACGACGUACGACCUUUGUUUCAAUGUUGGCCGUUCAUAAAUCGGAAAUACUCAAGACUUUGAAAACGACUGGUCUAGUUCAUACACUCGCUUCAAAAUGCCUUCCGAGUUCCAACCUCCCUGCAGUUUGUCAAAAUCAUGAGCCAAGUGAAGACAAAGUAGACUACCGGUACUGUAAUCUCGCAAAAAAAGGAAUUGCAGCGAAGGGGAAUGAUUCCCAAACUUUUACUUUAAAAUGUUGCCAUAACCUUGAGGUGUUAUGCAACUCGCAUAGCGUGAUCCUUGUGUUGCUUUUAUUUUACUGUGAAACCCCUGUUUUUGUUUGUUUUGUAACACGCUAUUGUAGUGGUUUAAUAAAGACCUUUUUGGUUUACUUUUCA